CUGUGUGUGUGUGUGUGUGUGUGUGUGUGUGUGUGUGUGUGUGUGUGUGUGUGUGUGUGUGUUUCUGUUAGGUAGGAAUACACUAGGAGUAAACUUCUGGGUCUUAGAUACUACCAAACAAUAUUCCAAAGGACCUCUGUCAGUUUAAGCACACUCUAGUAAUAUGAAAGACUUCAGUUCUCCAUGCCUUCAUCAAUAUUUGAUGUUAUCAUGUUUCUUUGACCUUUAUUUUAGUCACUUGUGAUUGUAUUGCAUCCUCACGCUAUCAUUGCAAUUUGUCUCUUCCUAGUAAUUCAUGAGGUUGAAUAUUUAUGAUACAUUCCUUAGCAAUCUGAUAUUUUCUGUAAAGUGCUUCUGGGAGAGACUAAUUUUUUUCUGUUGAAUUGUCUGCAUUUGAUAGGUAUUAUUUUUAUAUUAAAAACAGAGUUUUUUAUUGGUUAGAUGUAUUGUACAUAUUCUCCCAUUCUGGCUUUAAUGGUAUCAGAAAUGAACAGAGAUUUCUAUCUUCAGUGCCGUCCAAUUUUUCAAUUUCCUUUAUGAUUAUAAUAUUCUGUCUAUUGAGACAAGGUCUCACUAUGUAGUUCACUGGCCUGAAACUUUCAGUGUAGCCGUGUGGUCCUCCUGCCUCAGUCAGUAUUUCCUGUCCCAAAGGCUUAAAUAUAUUCUCCAAUGUAAUCUUUUGUAUUGCUGAGUCUACUGAAAACAUUUUUUUCCUGCACUUUAAUCUAAUUAACCCAGAACCAAUUACUCAAUAGGCUAUCUAUCCUUGGAUCAAGAGAUGGCUUAGUUAGUAAAGUGUUUCCCAUGCAAGCAUGAGAACUCGAGUUAAACCCCAGAAAUUAUGUGAAACAUACUCUGGCAUAGAGACCCAUGCCUGUAACCAUGCUGGGAGGCAGACAAAAGCAGACAGAUCCUGGGCUCACUGAUUAGCUAGCCUAGUCUACUCAGAGAGCCCCCAAUUGUUCUACUUCCAAACUUAACGAAUAGGUUUUCUGAUGUUAAGGCGAAUGAAUUUGGGGAUAAAACUUGCUUAGAUUUGAUAUUAGCUUGUGUAUUCUUAUUUGUUUAACACUGGGAUAUGUUUACCAACCUUUCAUUCAUAUUUUUGCAUGUGUAUUUAUGAAAUAGUCCCAAAAUUUUUGUGUUAUGACGUGAUGCUAGACUCACAAAUAAGUGCUUUUCUCUUUUUCACUCUCUAAAGAAAUCUCUGUGAUGUUAGUAUGAUUUCUUUCCAAGAACUUUAAUAGAAUUCACCAACUGAAGUCAUUUGACUAACAGCUUCUCCCCGACUAGAACCUAUAUUCAUUUAAGAUGCAAUUGACUUUAUUAGAUGCUUUCAUGGUGGAACAUUAUCUCUGUUGCUUCUCUAAAUUUGCUAUUUCAUUAAUGUCAGUUACCUUAUUUUUCCUUCAUUAUACUAUCAGCCUUAAUUUCUUGUUCUCAUUCAAACUUCUUGAGAAGUAUGCUUAUUAAUUUUUUUAUCCUCUCUUUAAAAACUGCAUUUAUUUAAGCUAUAAAAAACCACUAGACAUGGAGUUAAUAAAUCCAACCCACUUUAUUAGGUUAAAUAACUCAACCUAUUAUAGAAAUGCUGAAAGAUAUUAGUAUUACCAUUUUAUUAUAUCAAUAUACACUAAAUUUUUUCUGUGUAUCAAUUCUUUCAUUAUUCCUCAUUCUUUACUGCUUCUCUGUGUUCCCAAGUAGGAUUAUACUUUAAUAUUUUUAUUAUAGUAUCUGCCUCAUGAUGAGUUCUUUUUGAAUUUGAGCAUAAACCAUAGAAAACUAUCAUGAUCUUUAUAGUUCUACAGUACCAACACCCCCACCACACAAGCACACUAGCUAUCUUUGUUCUCAAAAGAAGGGUUAAUCUAAAACAAUCAAAUAAACUAUUGUACAAAGUAGCAUUUUAGUAAACAAUCAAUUUGAUCAUUUUCUGACAAAAAUCUUCAUUCUAUCACAUUUAAGUAAAAUGAAACAAUGUUCCACUAUUUAAAGAUUCUACCUGACCCAUAUCUAGAUCUCUCACAUUAACUUUCAUGAAUCGUGGAUUUUGUUUUCCCCUUCAUUUUGAAUGCUUCAUAAGGCUUAAAUUCAGUUCUUUCAGGAGAUAAAAAUAAGCUUGCUAAACUAUAUAUAAAUAAAUCACAACAAAAAUCAGGAAACACAUUUCGUUUUGUAUGAAAGUCCAAGGUCCAUAAUGAUUUAGUUCAGAAUAUAAACCAUAUUUGACAAAUUUAUGUUCCCUAUAGUAUUUUGGUUUUGCCUGUUAUGUAAACCUAAAAAUCAUCAUUGUAAUGCUUUUAUAUAAUGAAUAAUUAUUUCAUUGAUUGAUAUGCCUACUAAUUUCUGGUCACUAAGUAAACAAGCAACUGAGCUUGUUAUUACCUGGCCAAGAAGAAUAUUCAGUUCACCAAGAGGGACUAUGUUGCAGAGAGCACACCGACAUCUAGUAGUUUAAGAAUCUACUAUCGUGAAUAUAUUUAAAGCCCCAAAAUAGGCAGGGUCAGUUCACAAAGUUACUCAAUAUUUUACUUUGUAGAUGAUAGGGAGAAGUUGUUCAUAAAUAAGUUUCAUUUCAAAAAUGCACUAUUUAAGGAAAACUAUGGGAUUAAAAUCUAACUAAUCAUUACAAUAAUAAAUACAACCUAUGAAAUAAAACUAAAAAAGAAAAUGGAUUUUGUUUCACUUUAACAGGUACAUAUAUACUGCUGAAAGAUGUCCACUCUCCUGGAAAACAUCACUGGCAUGAUUGAAACAUUCCAGCAAUACUCAAACAACGAUAAAGAAACAGAAACACUGAGCAAAGAAGAGCUGAAGGAACUUCUGGAAGUAGAAUUACGGGCAGUCUUGAAGAAUCCAGAUGAUGAAAAUCUUGCAGAUGUCUUCAUGCAAAUCCUAGAUGUAGACCAUAAUGAAAAAAUAGAUUUCACUGAGUAUUUACUGAUGGUGGUGAAGUUGGCUCAAGCAUAUUAUGAGUCAUCUCAGAACAAAAGUUUUGAAACUGGAUCAAAGAGACGGAGUAAAAGUCAUCACAAAAGAGUAGGAGAAGAUGGAGAAGAAGAGGAAGAAAGAAGACACAGGUCAAGCCAUAGGAGAUCUGAGGGAAAGGAAAAGAAAGAAAGCUCAAGAAGCCCAAGAGGGAGAGGGAAAAAAAGACAUGGAUCAGGCAGUAAAAAUCAGGAUAGGGACACAACUACGCACAGAGAAACAGAAAAACAUGGGAAACAUCACAGGUCAACUGGAAAGCAACGGGGAGGAUCUAACUCGACUGAAAGAGAUGGUAGAGGUAAGAAGGAGAGAAGAUCAAAGGAGAGAAAACAAACAAAAUAUGAAGCCAUAAAUAAUGAAAACACAAAACAACAAGAACAGUGGGAAAAAAGCUGUGGUGAAUAUUAUUAUGAAAUUGAGCAUAGCAAAAGUGAAGAGAGAAAAGGAAAAAGAAAAUCUAAGAGUGAAAAAUCUGGCCGAGAACAGUCUCGAGACAGCCCUAGGCAGUCCCGGUCCCGUCAGAGGAGCGAGUCUCCACGGACAAGCACAAGAACAGGCCACCGAGGAACACACCAGUCCCCAGGCGGCCAGCAGUCAUCCGAUGGUCACAGGCAAGCCACUUCCAGGGGGGGCAGACACCAGGAGAACAGCGCCAGCCAGGCCAGUGACAGCGAGGGCCACUCAGAAGUCGAAGUCGGCCACAGCCAGGCCUCAGGGACCCACGGGAGGACCGGGUCCGGCUCAGGGGUCCAGCGGGCAUCCCGCAGCGGUGGCCAGGCAGCUGACAACGUCAGGCACUCGGGGGCCCGUCAAGGCCAGGCAUCCGGCCAGGGCCAAGGACGGUCCCAGUCAGGAUCCCGCACCAGGGAAGCACGAGGGAACCAGAGACACGGCCAGUCGGCUGACAGCUCCGGGACCUCCGGGACUGCUCACAGACGAGGCCAAGCCACCUCUGCUGAACGCAGACAUCAGAGUCCCAGCGAGAGUCAGGCCAGCGACAGCGAAGGCCACUCCGAAGUCUCAGAAGGCCACGCAGUGGGAGCCCACCGUGGGUCUGGGGCCAGCCAGAGGCACGAGCAGACAUCCUCUCGAGGCCAGCAUGCCUCUGGACACUACCAGGUGUACUACUACGAGCAGGAACACCCCGAGUCUGGACACAGACAGCAGAGGUCCAGCGGCAGGGCUCCUCAGGGGUCCGGCCCAGAACAAGGAAGGGACAGCCGCAGGAUCGGGGGCUCUCACGAAGGACAGAGCUCCUCUGAACUCCAGGCUAGAGCCUCCCGAGGAAGGUCCGGAACCAGUGCUAGAGGUGGCCAGGGGUCCCUGGCAACCGACGGCUCUGAGCACCACCAGUCCACAAGGGGCCAGGAAGACAUCCACGGAGGCUCUGGACGCUCAGGAACAAGGCAAGGACAGGUAGACUCCCACACUGGGAACCACACCUCCCACGGUCAGGAAGAGGGCAGAGGCAGGGCAAGCAGGCACCCAGCCGGCCGAGAAAAAUCUCCAGACAGCCCUAGGCAGUCUCGGUCCCGUCAGAGGAGCGAGUCUUCAGGGACAAGCAAAAGAACAGGCACCCGAGGAACACACCAGUCCCCAGGCGGCCAGCAGUCAUCCGAUGGUCACAGGCAAGCCACUUCCAGGGGGGGCAGACACCAGAAGAACAGCGCCAGCCAGGCCAGUGACAGCGAGGGCCACUCAGAAGUCGAAGUCGGCCACAGCCAGGCCUCAGGGACCCACGGGAGGACCGGGUCCGGCUCAGGGGUCCAGCGGGCAUCCCGCAGCGGUGGCCAGGCAGCUGACAACGUCAGGCACUCGGGGGCCCGUCAAGGCCAGGCAUCCGGCCAGGGCCAAGGACGGUCCGAGUCAGGAUCCCGCACCAGGGAAGCACGAGGGAACCAGAGACACGGCCAGUCGGCUGACAGCUCCGGGACCUCCGGGACUGCUCACAGACGAGGCCAAGCCACCUCUGCUGAACGCAGACAUCAGAGUCCCAGCGAGAGUCAGGCCAGCGACAGCGAAGGCCACUCCGAAGCCUCAGAAGGCCACGCAGUGGGAGCCCACGCUGGGUCUGGGGCCAGCCAGAGGCACGAGCAGACAUCCUCUCGAGGCCAGCAUGGCUCUGGACACUACCAGGUGUACUACUACGAGCAGGAACACCCCGAGUCUGGACACAGACAGCAGAGGUCCAGCGGCAGGGCUCCUCAGGGGUCCGGCCCAGAACAAGGAAGGGACAGCCGCAGGAUCGGGGGCUCUCACGAAGGACAGAGCUCCUCUGAACUCCAGGCUAGAGCCUCCCGAGGAAGGUCCGGAACCAGUGCUAGAGGGGGCCAGGGGUCCCUCGCAACCGACGGCUCUGAGCACCACCAGUCCACAACGGGCCACGAAGACAUCCACGGAGGCUCUGGACGCUCAGGAACAAGGCAAGGACAGGUAGACUCCCACACUGGGAACCACACCUCCCACGGUCAGGAAGAGGGCAGAGGCAGGGCAAGCAGGCACCCAGCCGGCCGAGAACAGUCUCCAGACAGCCCUAGGCAGUCCCGGUCCCGUCAGAGGAGCGAGUCUCCACGGACAAGCACAAGAACAGGCCCCCAAGGAACACACCAGUCCCCAGGCGGCCAGCAGUCAUCCGAUGGUCACAGGCAAGCCACUUCCAGGGGGGGCAGACACCAGGAGAACAGCGCCAGCCAGGCCAGUGACAGCGAGGGCCACUCAGAAGUCGAAGUCGGCCACAGCCAGGCCUCAGGGACCCACGGGAGGACCGGGUCCGGCUCAGGGGUCCAGCGGGCAUCCCGCAGCGGUGGCCAGGCAGCUGACAACGUCAGGCACUCGGGGGCCCGUCAAGGCCAGGCAUCCGGCCAGGGCCAUGGACGGUCCGAGUCAGGAUCCCGCACCAGGGAAGCACGAGGGAACCAGAGACACGGCCAGUCGGCUGACAGCUCCGGGACCUCCGGGACUGCUCACAGACGAGGCCAAGCCACCUCUGCUGAACGCAGACAUCAGAGUCCCAGCGAGAGUCAGGCCAGCGACAGCGAAGGCCACUCCGAAGCCUCAGAAGGCCACGCAGUGGGAGCCCACGCUGGGUCUGGGGCCAGCCAGAGGCACGAGCAGACAUCCUCUCGAGGCCAGCAUGCCUCUGGACACUACCAGGUGUACUACUACGAGCAGGAACACCCCGAGUCUGGACACAGACAGCAGAGGUCCAGCGGCAGGGCUCCUCAGGGGUCCGGCCCAGAACAAGGAAGGGACAGCCGCAGGAUCGGGGGCUCUCACGAAGGACAGAGCUCCUCUGAACUCCAGGCUAGAGCCUCCCGAGGAAGAUCCGGAACCAGUGCUAGAGGGGGGCAGGGGUCCCUCGCAACAGACGGCUCUGAGCACCACCCGUCCACAAGGGACCACGAAGACAUCCAUGGAGGCUCUGGACGCUCGCGAACAAGGCAAGGACAGGUAGACUCCCACACUGGGAACCACACCUCCCACGGUCAGGAAGAGGGCAGAGGCAGGGCAAGCAGGCACCCAGCCGGCCGAGAACAGUCUCCAGACAGCCCUAGGCAGUCCCGGUCCCGUCAGAGGAGCGAGUCUCCACGGACAAGCACAAGAACAGGCCACCAAGGAACACACCAGUCCCCAGGCGGCCAGCAGUCAUCCGAUGGUCACAGGCAAGCCACUUCCAGGGGGGGCAGACACCAGGAGAACAGCGCCAGCCAGGCCAGUGACAGCGAGGGCCACUCAGAAGUCGAAGUCGGCCACAGCCAGCCCUCAGGGACCCACGGGAGGACCGGGUCCGGCUCAGGGGUCCAGCGGGCAUCCCGCAGCGGUGGCCAGGCAGCUGACAACGUCAGGCACUCGGGGGCCCGUCAAGGCCAGGCAUCCGGCCAGGGCCAAGGACGGUCCCAGUCAGGAUCCCGCACCAGGGAAGCACGAGGGAACCAGAGACACGGCCAGUCGGCUGACAGCUCCGGGACCUCCGGGACUGCUCACAGACGAGGCCAAGCCACCUCUGCUGAACGCAGACAUCAGAGUCCCAGCGAGAGUCAGGCCAGCGACAGCGAAGGCCACUCCGAAGCCUCAGAAGGCCACGCAGUGGGAGCCCACGGUGGGUCUGGGGCCAGCCAGAGGCACGAGCAGACAUCCUCUCGAGGCCAGCAUGGCUCUGGACACUACCAGGUGUACUACUACGAGCAGGAACACCCCGAGUCUGGACACAGACAGCAGAGGUCCAGCGGCAGGGCUCCUCAGGGGUCCGGCCCAGAGCAAGGAAGGGACAGCCGCAGGAUCGGGGGCUCUCACGAAGGACAGAGCUCCUCUGAACUCCAGGCUAGAGCCUCCCGAGGAAGGUCCGGAACCAGUGCUAGAGGGGGCCAGGGGUCCCUUGCAACCGACGGCUCUGAGCACCACCAGUCCACAAGGGGCCACGAAGACAUCCACCGAGGCUCUGGACGCUCAGGAACAAGGCAAGCACAGGUAGACUCCCACACUGGGAACCACACCUCCCACGGUCAGGAAGAGGGCAGAGGCAGGGCAAGCAGGCACCCAGCCGGCCGAGAACAGUCUCCAGACAGCCCUAGGCAGUCCCGGUCCCGUCAGAGGAGCGAGUCUCCACGGACAAGCACAAGAACAGGCCCCCGAGGAACACACCAGUCCCCAGGCGGCCAGCUUUCAUCCGAUGGUCACAGGCAAGCCACUUCCAGGGGGGGCAGACACCAGGAGAACAGCACCAGCCAGGCCAGUGACAGCGAGGGCCACUCAGAAGUCGAAGUCGGCCACAGCCAGCCCUCAGGGACCCACGGGAGGACCGGGUCCGGCUCAGGGGUCAAGCGGGCAUCCCGCAGAGGUGGCCAGGCAGCUGACAAUGUCAGGCACUCGGGGGCCCGUCAAGGCCAGGCAUCGAGCCAGGGCCAAGGACGGUCCGAGUCAGGAUCCCGCACCAGGGAAGCACGAGGGAACCAGAGACACGGCCAGUCGGCUGACAGCUCCGGGACCUCCGGGACUGCUCACAGACGAGGCCAUGCCACCUCUGCUGAACGCAGACAUCAGAGUCCCAGCGAGAGUCAGGCCAGCGACAGCGAAGGCCACUCCGAAGCCUCAGAAGGCCACGCAGUGGGAGCCCACGGUGGGUAUGGGGCCAGCCAGAGGCACGAGCAGACAUCCUCUCGAGGCCAGCAUGCCUCUGGACACUACCAGGUGUACUACUACGAGGAGGAACACCCCGAGUCUGGACACAGACAGCAGAGGUCCAGCGGCAGGGCUCCUCAGGGGUCCGGCCCAGAACAAGGAAGGGACAGCCGCAGGAUCGGGGGCUCUCACGAAGGACAGAGCUCCUCUGAACUCCAGGCUAGAGCCUCCCGAGGAAGGUCCGGAACCAGUGCUAGAGGGGGGCAGGGGUCCCUCGCAACAGACGGCUCUGAGCACCACCAGUCCACAAGGGGCCACGAAGACAUCCAUGGAGGCUCUGGACGCUCGCGAACAAGGCAAGGACAGGUAGACUCCCACACUGGGAACCACACCUCCCACGGUCAGGAAGAGGGCAGAGGCAGGGCAAGCAGGCACCCAGCCGGCCAAGAACAGUCUCCAGACAGCCCUAGGCAGUCUCGGUCCCGUCAGAGGAGCGAGUCUCCACGGACAAGCACAAGAACAGGUCCCCGAGGAACACACCAGUCCCCAGGCGGCCAGCAAUCAUCCGAUGGUCACAGGCAAGCCACUUCCAGGGGGGGCAGACACCAGGAGAACAGCACCAGCCAGGCCAGUGACAGCGAGGGCCACUCAGAAGUCGAAGUCGGCCACAGUCAGGCCUCAGGGACCCACGGAAGGACCGGGUCCGGCUCAGGGGUCCAGCGGGCAUCCCGCAACGGUGGCCAGGCAGCUGACAACGUCAGGCACUCGGGGGCCCGUCAAGGCCAGGCAUCCGGCCAGGGCCAAGGACGGUCCGAGUCAGGAUCCCACACCACGGAAGCACGAGGGAACCAGAGACACGGCCAGUCGGCUGACAGCUCCGGGACCUCCGGGACUGCUCACAGACGAGGCCAAGCCACCUCUGCUGAACGCAGACAUCAGAGUCCCAGCGAGAGUCAGGCCAGCGACAGCGAAGGCCACUCCGAAGCCUCAGAAGGCCACGCAGUGGGAGCCCACGGUGGGUCUGGGGCCAGCCAGAGGCACGAGCAGACAUCCUCUCGAGGCCAGCAUGGCUCUGGACACUACCAGGUGUACUACUACGAGCAGGAACACCCCGAGUCUGGACACAGACAGCAGAGGUCCAGCGGCAGGGCUCCUCAGGGGUCCGGCCCAGAACAAGGAAGGGACAGCCGCAGGAUCGGGGGCUCUCACGAAGGACAGAGCUCCUCUGAACUCCAGGCUAGAGCCUCCCGAGGAAGGUCCGGAACCAGUGCUAGAGGGGGCCAGGGGUCCCUUGCAACCGACGGCUCUAAGCAUCACCAGUCCACAAGGGGCCACGAAGACAUCCACGGAGGCUCUGGACGCUCGCGAACAAGGCAAGGACAGGUAGACUCCCACACUGGGAACCACACCUCCCACGGUCAGGAAGAGGGCAGAGGCAGGGCAAGCAGGCACCCAGCCGGCCGAGAACAGUCUCCAGACAGCCCUAGGCAGUCCCGGUCCCGUCAGAGGAGCGAGUCUCCACGGACAAGCACAAGAACAGGCCACCGAGGAACACACCAGUCCCCAGGCGGACAGCAGUCAUCCGAUGGUCACAGGCAAGCCACUUCCAGGGGGGGCAGACACCAGGAGAACAGCGCCAGCCAGGCCAGUGACAGCGAGGGCCACUCAGAAGUCGAAGUCGGCCACAGCCAGCCCUCAGGGACCCACGGGAGGACCGGGUCCGGCUCAGGGGUCCAGCGGGCAUCCCGCAACGGUGGCCAGGCAGCUGACAACGUCAGGCACUCGGGGGCCCGUCAAGGCCAGGCAUCCGGCCAGGGCCAAGGACGGUCCCAGUCAGGAUCCCGCACCAGGGAAGCACGAGGGAACCAGAGACACGGCCAGUCGGCUGACAGCUCCGGGACCUCCGGGACUGCUCACAGACGAGGCCAAGCCACCUCUGCUGAACGCAGACAUCAGAGUCCCAGCGGGAGUCAGGCCAGCGACAGCGAAGGCCACUCCGAAGCCUCAGAAGGCCACGCAGUGGGAGCCCACGCUGGGUCUGGGGCCAGCCAGAGGCACGAGCAGACAUCCUCUCGAGGCCAGCAUGGCUCUGGACACUACCAGGUGUACUACUACGAGCAGGAACACCCCGAGUCUGGACACAGACAGCAGAGGUCCAGCGGCAGGGCUCCUCAGGGGUCCGGCCCAGAACAAGGAAGGGACAGCCGCAGGAUCGGGGGCUCUCACGAAGGACAGAGCUCCUCUGAACUCCAGGCUAGAGCCUCCCGAGGAAGGUCCGGAACCAGUGCUAGAGGGGGCCAGGGGUCCUUCGCAACCGACGGCUCUGAGCACCACCAGUCCACAAGGGGCCACGAAGACAUCCACGGAGGCUCUGGACGCUCAGGAACAAGGCAAGGACAGGUAGACUCCCACACUGGGAACCACACCUCCCACGGUCAGGAAGAGGGCAGAGGCAGGGCAAGCAGGCACCCAGCCGACCGAGAACAGUCUCCAGACAGCCCUAGGCAGUCCCGGUCCCGUCAGAGGAGCAAGUCUCCAGGGACAAGCACAAGAACAGGCCCCCGAGGAACACACCAGUCCCCAGGCGGCCAGCUUUCAUCCGAUGGUCACAGGCAAGCCACUUCCAGGGGGGGCAGACACCAGGAGAACAGCACCAGCCAGGCCAGUGACAGCGAGGGCCACUCAGAAGUCGAAGUCGCCCACAGCCAGCCCUCAGGGACCCACGGGAGGACCGGGUCCGGCUCAGGGGUCCAGCGGGCAUCCCGCAGCGGUGGCCAGGCAGCUGACAAUGUCAGGCACUCGGGGGCCCAUCAAGGCCAGGCAUCGAGCCAGGGCCAAGGACGGUCCGAGUCAGGAUCCCGCACCAGGGAAGCACGAGGGAACCAGAGACACGGCCAGUCGGCUGACAGCUCCGGGACCUCCAGGACUGCUCACAGACGAGGCCAUGCCACCUCUGCUGAACGCAGACAUCAGAGUCCCAGCGAGAGUCAGGCCAGCGACAGCGAAGGCCACUCCGAAGCCUCAGAAGGCCACGCAGUGGGAGCCCACGGUGGGUCUGGGGCCAGCCAGAGGCACGAGCAGACAUCCUCUCGAGGCCAGCAUGGCUCUGGACACUACCAGGUGUACUACUACGAGCAGGAACACCCCGAGUCUGGACACAGACAGCAGAGGUCCAGCGGCAGGGCUCCUCAGGGGUCCGGCCCAGAACAAGGAAGGGACAGCCGCAGGAUCGGGGGCUCUCACGAAGGACAGAGCUCCUCUGAACUCCAGGCUAGAGCCUCCCGAGGAAGGUCCGGAACCAGUGCUAGAGGGGGCCAGGGGUCCCUCGCAACCGACGGCUCUGAGCACCACCAGUCCACAAGGGGCCACGAAGACAUCCACGGAGGCUCUGGACGCUCGCGAACAAGGCAAGGACAGGUAGACUCCCACACUGGGAACCACACCUCCCACGGUCAGGAAGAGGGCAGAGGCAGGGCAAGCAGGCACCCAGCCGACCGAGAACAGUCUCCAGACAGCCCUAGGCAGUCCCGGUCCCGUCAGAGGAGCGAGUCUCCACGGACAAGCACAAGAACAGGCCACCGAGGAACACACCAGUCCCCAGGCGGCCAGCAGUCAUCCGAUGGUCACAGGCAAGCCACUUCCAGGGGGGGCAGACACCAGGAGAACAGCACCAGCCAGGCCAGUGACAGCGAGGGCCACUCAGAAGUCGAAGUCGGCCACAGCCAGGCUUCAGGGACCCACGGGAAAACCGGGUCCAGCUCCGGGGUUCAGCGGACCUCCCGGGGUGUCCAAUUAGUAGAUAAUUCAAGUGAUACUCCAAAACACCUUGAGUUUAGUAUGUCACAGAGAUAUUAUUACUAUCAAUGAACAAGUAGUUUAAGUGAGAUAGAAACGGUAGUGCCCUACAAAACCAUAUCAUUCUUGAACGUAGGUCUUACAUUGUAUUUUUGUGGAUAAUGGUUUCCUGGGGUUGUUUUUUUUUUAGUCUUUUUUUUCUUGUCUUUUGCUUUUGUUUUGUUUUGUCAUUUAAAAUUUUAAUUUUUCCCUAAUUGGUGGUAGUUUCUUCUCAUUUUAUUAAUAAUUUUAAAAAUGUUUCACAAUUUAUUACCUAGGACAUUCCAUGUUAUGGAGAAUUUAUUUUUAGUAGUAGGAAUAUUUGGUGCAAGAGUAAGUUCAUUUACCUUGAAAGAUUUUAUUUUCAAUCAACUGAAUAUUGGAUAUUAAUUUUUGCCAAAACCUUGUAAGAAAGCCCAAAGUCUAAGACCAGUCUUUUGGAGGCCCUAGCCGUCUCUCUGCAAUCAGUGUUCAAAAUGCAUAACCAAUUUUCCACUUCAUUGAAUCAUUGAAAUCAAUCGAAGCAAUCAUUGAAAUCAUAUUGGACAUAUGGAAUUCAACAUGCUAAACUGUAUGAUAAUUGGAAAUAAACAAUUGGCUGUCUAAUAUUGUUUGCCUCUUUCAUGUUUUCUUUUCAUAAAUUCAAAGACUUCUUUCUGUAUGUCAGAACUGCAUCCUCCAAACUUUAUAGAAAGCUGGAUAACCAUAUAGAAAUAUCUGCUUUUCAAUGAUUAAUAAUUUAAAAUUAAAAAUAUACCCAUAUAUUUCCCUAAUGGGAUUGCUGCUCCAUAGUAGUACCUUACAAAGCAAAAUAGCUUGUUCAAAAUAGGAAAUCAUUUAUUCAUGUAGUAAUUAUCUCUAUCAAGCCAAGAUCACAAAUAGGAAUCUUUGAAGAAAAAAUAAAGUUCUUCCUUCCAAAGAACAUGGCACUUAAUGUUUCUAGUGACAACCAAUGGGAGCAGAGUCAAGGUCCUGGUGUACAUUUACAGAGGGAAGGAAAAAACACAGCCACAUUUAUCAUUAGGAAUGGGUCAGGAGAGAGAAAGGAACCAAGUAAGAUGUGCACAAAAUCACUUCAGUAAAAGGGAUAUCUUUCCAUCUGAACUGUACUUGGAUUUUACUUCCCAAAAUAUCAAACUGGGGAGAUCCAUAGGCACAUAUCCUCAAUUUGCAGAUGAGUUUAUCACACAAAUAACUUCUCUCAAGACAAGCAGAUAUCCAAGUUUUGUGUUUGGUGGUUUUAUAAAACGUUCACAUAAGAGCUACCUUUCUUGAACCUUUACUGAAAUAAAUCAAACUCAAGAUGAAGUGAAACUGUCAAAAUUUCAAUGAUCUUCAAUGGAGAAAGGUAUUGAAUCAAAGUCAGCAAGCAAGUUCCUUGUUUUAAUUAGCCUUGUUUCAUGUUUCUAUUGGCUUCCACAAGCCCCAGAUGGUGGUACUCCCCUCCAUGCAAUGCUGUCCCCAUAUAAAACUAUAAAACUGCAUAUUCCUUAAUUUGCCAGAACUGAUAACUUAGCAGUGCUGCCACAGACAGUCUAUCCAGCUCCUUCAAGCAACCCUUCUAUACAUUUAGUUAGGCCUACAUAUGGGGUUAGGAGUAAAACACUGCGAGUUAACAGUACAGACCUGGCUUGACCAAGGUGGAUGUACUGAUGGGCAAUACAACAGAGACAGAUAGAUAUGUGUUCUCUACAAAAAUAAACUCUCAUUUUCUGACAGACCCACAGCCAACUGAAAUUACUUUCUUUUGUAUUCCUGGUCACUCAAAGGACAGAAUUACCAGAACAUCCUUUUGUCAGCUGACAGAAAAUCAGCUUACCCAUUUGGAUGAAACAAGGUUCACUAGAAACAUAAGCUUUUCUCUGUUCUCUUGUUUCCUCAUGACACGUUUGCCCCUCUUCUUAGGUGACUAACUCUUAUAACAAAAUUAGAGGGUCACAAAGACCUAGUAGGUUCACGGAAAACACUUAGAAUUGAACCUGGCACAUAGUAAGCACUCAAUAAAUGUUUGUCAUUUGGGCAGGGCGGUGGUGGUGCACGCCUUUAAUCCCAGCACUCGGGAGGCAGAGGCAGGUGGAUCUCUGAAUUUGAGGCCAGCCUGGGCUAUACAGUGAGUUCCAGGAAAAGGCACAAAGCUAAAUAGAGAAACCCUGUCUCGAAAAACAAAACAACAAAAACAAAACAAAAAAAUUGUCAUUUGGGGCAAAGUUUUAGGCAUGAGUUAAGUAACAAGAUGAAGAAUAAAAUAUUGAGAAAAUAUACCAUUAAAGGUCUGCCCAUAGUUAAAUAACAAGUAUGUGGUAGGUAGAAGAUUUGAAACCUGGAAACACACUGCUCAGUAGUAGUUUCUAGCAUGUAUAUACCCUGAAUUUAAUCCCCUGCACAAGAAAACAAUAGUAAAAACAAACCAAACAUAAAUUUAUCUGAAGAUAAUUUCUUUGUGCUAGGCAUGGUGGUGUUUGCCUGUGAUGCAGUACUUUGGAGGCAGAAGUAAAGAUAGUAUGUUCAAGGCUAGUCUGGACAAUAUUACAAAGCUCCAGGCCAUCAGAAGAUAUACAUGGAUGAUAUCCUGCCUCAAAUUAAAGAAAAUAAAGAUAAAAAGAUUUCCAAAGCUAAUUCUGUCUUUCAAGUCAUACUUCUAUCACUAAGAAGUAUUAUCAAAUAGCCCAGAAAAAUCAAACAAAGAGAAAAAUAAAAUACAGCCAUUUUUGGUAUCUUGAAAUCUGUGAUACAAGAAAAAGCCAUUUCCUUAGAGGGGCAGUGAUAUGAAGAAAUUAUUGGAAAUGUUAGUAAUGAAUGGUUUCCAAUGAACCAGACACAAUAAUAUAGACUACUUCUAUGAGGAAGCAAAAAAAAAAAAAAAAAAACCCUACUACCUAACCAAAUCAUCCAGGUUUUCCACAUCCAUCACAGUGCUGGCCUGUGAGGAUUUGUGGAGUGAGGCUAGGGAAGGUAGUUUUCAGGAGCUACCUUCUAAGAAUUAACAAGAGACCAGAUCAUGGAUGGAACAUUGUAAACCAGAGUUCAAGGCUGGACUUCCCUUCCCCAAAUUUCUUAAAAAUAAAUAGCACUUUUAAAUAGCAUGUUUUGAGUAUACAAUUCAAUGCAUUGAUGUAAGUAUACAAUGUGAAAUAAUCACUAUGUUCUAGCUAAGUUUAAGAUAUCAAUUAUCUCACAUAGUUACCUUUUGCAGGUGUGUAUAUGAUGGGGACACUUGAGAUCUAGCCUCUUAACAAGUUCCAAAACACAACACAUAAUUAUUGACUAUAGUUAAUUGUGCAUUGUCUACAGUCAUCACUCUUCUGGUAACAGAAGGGUUUAAUCCUUUGUUCAACAGAUAUUUUUUCAUACACUCUCACUCCUGGUAGCCACUAUUCUACUCACUUUGAUUUUAUGAGUUUGACUUUUCUUUAGAUUGCAUAUAUGUGAAUCAUGCAAUAUUUAUCUUUCUGUUGACUUAGAAUUAUGCCCUCAGGGUUCACCUAUAUUGCUCCAAAUCACAAAUCUCCCUUAAUCUUAAGGCUGACUAAUAUUUCCUUGUGUAUACAAUCAGACAUCCAUUAACAACAAGGAUAUAUUUUGAAAAAUACCUCGUUAAGUAACUCUGCCAUUAUAUUAACAUCGCAGAGUAUACAACACAAACCUAAAUGGUAUAGAUCAACCACUUCAUAUGGCCUGUUGAGGCAAUCAAGUAAACAUGAAACAUAUAAGGUGUUGCCAACAUUAUAUGUCAUACUAUUUUACACUAACAAUGAAAAUGUGGUAUGUGAAAUACAUACACUAGAAAUACAGUCAUUUAUUAUCAUUAUAAGGUAUUAUAUGCUGUGCAUAAUUGCAUGUGUUAUAUUUUUGGAGGUAUAGUAUACAUGCAUGUUUAUGUGGAUAUAUGAACUCAUGUGCACAUGUAUGUGGUGGCCAGAGGUAGUUGAGUGUCUUCCUCAAUGACUGGUUUUUGUGAUAGAAUCUCCCACUAAAGCUAGAGCUCACCAAUUAACUAGUGAGAUACAGGAAUCCACCUGUCUCCACUUCCCUAUGCUAUAACAAAUCCACACUGCCCUGGUCAACUUUUACAUGGAUGUUCAGGAUCCAAAUCAAGAUCCUCAUGUUUGUACAGCAGGACUUUUACUACUCUGUGCUAUACUUUCACAUAACUGGCCAGAACAUAGACCUGUUUGUACCAGUACAAUCACAGACACACAAGUGAUGCAUUAUGCUACAAAAUUAUGAUGGCCACAAUGUCACUAGGUGAUAGGAAAUUUUCAGUUCUAUUAUAAUCUGACAUUAUUGCCACCAUAUAUGCAAUUUAUGGGUAUAAAUAAGGAGAUGGUGUCCGGAAGCCUCACUACCAUGAUAACCACUUACAAAUAAAAUGUACAUAUUCAGGCAAGUAGAGGACAUGGGAAAAGAAAUGUCUCCUGAAGACAUACUAUUAAGUACCACUGCCACCUACUGGCUGAACAGAGAAGGGACUGUUCAUUUGGUCCAUUAGUCUUUUCUCCAAACAACAAAAUUGCCUUACUUGUUUAGAUCAUCUAUCUGUUUUUUUCCCUUAGGUAUGUGGCUAUAUGCCUCCCCCUAUAAUGACUAAAAUAUACUGAAGUUUCCCUCAUCACCUCCUAACCCCCACUUAACUCUGAAGUCAGUCAGAAGAGCUUGAAGUUAGUGACAUUGCAGAUGGUCCAAAAACAUCAGUCUGAGGCUUAGGAGUAUACAUAGGCACAGAAAACACAAAAGCAUUAUAGAUGAAUUGGAUGGGAAGGGGACUUAGUGUGAAAAGGGAGUUAAGGAUAUGGGGAGAGAAGGAAAGGGGAGAGGAGAGGAGAAAGAAGAAAGGGAGGGGAGAGGAAGGGGAAUGGAAGGAAAGAUGAAGGAAGAAGAAAUCAGUAUAGGGGAAAAGGAAAUUUCUCUUCAGUGUUAUAGAAUGAACUUCAUGAGGAUGUGAAUUGCAAUGGUCACCUCUGCAGCACAGAUAUUACAUUUGGAAACACACAGAGAACACUAGCAUAGUCCCUGCCCAAGGAUGACAUGGAAAUUCACAAAUCAUUCCAUAUUUUUAACUAAGCUACAAAUGGAUUGAGGUCCUCAACACAACAGCUGAUUUAUUUUUAAGACAGAUUCUCUUUAUGUAGCCUAGGCUGCUCUGGAACUCACUCUGUAGACCAGGCUGACCUCGAACUCACAGAGAUCCACCUGCCUCAGCCUCCCAAGUGCUGGGAUUAAAGACGUGUACUACCAAGGUGCACCACCACUGUCAGCAGCCUCUCUUUCUGAAUAGGACUCCAGCAACACAGGAAAUAAAACCAAAAGUCAACACACAGGAUCUCAAAAAGCAGUAAAAGCUUCUUACAUCAAAGGAGACUGUCAAUCAAGUGAAGAGGUAACCCACAGAACAGGAGAAAAUCUUUGCCAGUUAUUCAUCUGACAGAGGAUUGGU